AUUAUUAUUAUUAUUAUUGUUGUUAUUAUUAUUAUCACUAUCACUACAACUACAUUUGCCGACCCAAAACAUUUAAACUAUGCCGGCUGGAAUAAAACCAUUGGAAAAGUUCUUAAAGAAGCAGACUUCGGCUCUGAGCCGCGCUGGGGGGUUCGGGGAGAGAGUGGGCAGCGGGGGACCCAGGAGGAGAACCAGCGUCUCCCGCGUCCUUCCCUUCUUCAGGGACCUGUCACCGGAGUCUGCCCAGCCGCCGCGGGAGGUGUUCAGCCCUGACGCACAAGAGGCUCCGUGCUGGCACCCCGUCCCCGGAGCUCCGGCUGCCGCCUCCUCCUCGUCCUCCUCCCGCUCCGACUCCCGGAGCCCCUCGCUGUCGAGUGACGAGCAGAGCGCCCUCGAGGGCAGCCUGGAGACCCCGGCAACCGCCGCCGCCGCCGCCGCGUGGGGGGGAGCGCCGCUCGCCCCGGACACACCGGAGAACCUGGUGCUCGCGCUGCUCGACGGCGUCACGGCGAGCAGGAGGCAGGGCGGGAGCGGCGCAGAAAUCCUGCUUGAUGACUUCAUGCUUACGCACCCCAUUUUCCUCUCUGCAGACAAGCUGCAGCAGGUCCUCCUGCAGGAGUUCCGUGCAGACAGGAAGUCUUGCGAGGGCUGCCGCGGGGCCGACAGUGCGGACAGGAAACAGGCCGUGCUGAGCGUGGCGUUCCGAUACCUCAAGACAUAUCGCCACCUGCUGCAAGAUGAGGGGGAGAAAUCACACACCUUCCCCAAGGAGCUCUGUGUGUGUGUGGUGGAAGAUCUCACUCGGUACCCUGAGCUGGUGGAAGAGGUUCUCAAACUGCAGCGCUGGACUGAGAUCCUACAAGACCAGGCUGUGGAGGAGAGUGACAGUAAGAAGCCGGUCCGGCCGCUCUUCAGACACUUCCGUCGGGUCGACGCCUGCCUGCAACCCAGAGAGGCCUUCCGGGGCUCCGACGAGAUUUUCUGCCGUGUGUACACCCCCGAUCACUCCUAUGUGACGAUCCGCAGUCGCCUGUCCUCCAGCGUGCAGGAGAUCCUGGCUCUGGUCUCGGAGAAGCUGCAGUACAGCGGGGAGCAGGAGGGCCAGCAAGGGGCGUUGGUGCUUGUGGCAGUCACCUCUUCUGGGGAGAAGGCUGUGUUUCGCCCCAGUGAAGACUCUGUGUUCACCACACUGGGAGUGAAUACGCACCUCUUUGCCUGUGAGCCCGAGCGGCUGGGAGCUCUGGUGCCAUUGCCAGAGGAGAUCCACUGGUCCCCUGGUGACAGCAGGCUGCACGACAUGAGUGCUGAGGAGGUGGCCAAUCAGCUGCUAGCGUUCGACUGGGAGCUCUUCAGCUGUGUGCAUGAGGUGGAGUUUGUGCGCUACGUGUUCCGUGGCGAGGAAGCUCGCUGGCGCCCUCUCAAUCUGGAGCUGGUAUUGCAGCGCUCCAGUGAGGUCCAGCACUGGGUGGGCACUGAGAUCCUGCAGUGCCAAUCUCUGCCCAAGAGGGGGCAGCUGCUGCGCAAGUUCAUCAAGAUUGCGGCGCUGUGCAAACAGAACCAGGACCUGCUGUCCUUCUUCUCUGUGGUGCUGGGGCUGAACAACCCGGCCCUGACCCGACUGCGCCACACCUGGGAGGGGCUGCCCAGCAAGUUUAAGAAACAGUUCCAGCAGCUGGAGAGCAUCUCGGACCCCUCCCGAAAUCACAAGUCCUACCGGGACCUUCUCUCCAGCCUUAGGCCCCCCGUCAUCCCCUUCACCCCCUUGCUCCUCAAAGAUUUGACAUUCCUUCACGAGAGCAGCAAGACUUUCCACGGGCCUCUGGUGAACUUCGAGAAGAUGCACAAAGUUGCAGAGAUGAUCCGGACCAUUCGGAGGUACAGGAGCUCCCCACCCACUCUGGACACAGACUCCACCCCCUCGUACCUGCAGACGAAGGCCUUCGUCAGGCAGCUGCAGGUCAUCGACAAUCAGAACCUGCUCUUCAACAUGUCCUACAAACUGGAGCCCAAAGACACCUGAAACACGUCCCAUCGGGCACUUACCCUGGACAGCCAUGGGGGGCAGGGGGUCCUUAGGAACAGAAGCCGAGGAGCUUCACCCAGUGCAGGGGGUCAGAACUCCGUUUUUGGGGUGCAGCGCCCCCUCCGAUAUCUCACCCAUCGAUGAUAAUUCACUCAUUGGCUUGGUCUGUGCUUGACAGUAAGCUGUACAAGUGCUGUAUUUCUCUGGAUGAGCCACUAAGCCUGGUUUCCACUGCCUUGCUCCAGGUACAGCUGAGCUGGCCAGUCUGGGUGAGGGGCGGUUAAAGAUGGCUGUCUGCGUUCACGUGUGAUUUUUUUUUUUUUUGUUAUGAGCAAGUCGGAGAACGCGCUACGGUCAGAGAGCCCUAACGUCAGAGCGCUCGCUACAAUCAGACAGCAAUCUGUUAUUGAAAUGACCAGAUAGGUGUCAGGAGUUUGAACAAUCAGGCCCAGACUCUGCUCUGAUGAGUGGACUUUCAUAGCAGCAUGAAAACGUCUCUCCUGAGAGUUUGUAGAUUCACUGACAGGACUUGCUAAUGCAGCUGAGUGAGGAAUCAUUUUUUAAAACUCCCGAUCAAUUCAAUAAUAGAACUGAAGGCAGCCCUGAACCCCAGGACCUGGUGCAGCAGCAGCACGGCUAGUGUUGAGUUUCGAGCCAACAGAAUACCACCCCCUCUGUUGAUUAUCAUGAUCAGUGCACUUACCCCCCACUGCCAAACACCUGUAUUAUAGUGAUGUAUGUAAGAGAGUGUGAGAGAGAGAAUAUGUAUAUAUGUAAAUAUUUGAGAGUAUAUUUUGUGUAGGAAGCAUAUGAAAAGAUGGCAAAGUGUAUAUAUAUAAUUAGAACUAUACACUAUUUGAAAAAGGAAAACUGCUGUGUACCAAAAAGAAAAAAAAAUUAAUGUAGGUACAGAAAAAUGUGAAUAAUUAAUUAAUAAAGAAAUCACUAUCGGGAGUCCAUGUUCAGAUAUGAUGAAGACAUGGAAGAGAGGAAGAGACGAACACGCUAAGGAGAUGAACACGCUAAGGUUCCGUGCUGUGACGUGUUCCGCGCUGCUGAGAAGGGCUGUGUGCAUCAUCACCUUGCUUUUUUUUUUUUUCUAAACAAAGGCUUGUAUUGUUGAUGGGUUUUUGUUUCAACUUUUUUCAUGCCAGUAAAGCCCUACCCCAGACAC